AUGUCUUCUUCCUCGUCUUCUCAGGAUUCGUCGGAGCAUUUUCACUUACACUACUCCGAAUUCGACGAUCGCAACAUCCAAAUUCGCGGCAGGACCCUCUUUGUGAUCAUUAUCAUAAUCUCAAUUCUGUUCCUAAUCUCUCUUCUCCUCCUCUACGCUCGAUGGAUCUUCAAAUUCCAGGCUUUUUUGCCCACCGCUGCAUCCCCUACUCAUGAGCCGCCGCAAGGACUGGACGUCGCGAAGAUCAACAGCUUUCCGGUAAUAGUUCACCGGUCGGCAGGUGGUGUGAAAGAGUCUGAGUGCUGUAUUUGCCUUGGCGUGUUCGAAGAAGGAGAGAAAAUGAAGGUUCUUCCAAACUGCAGGCACUUCUUUCACUCGGAGUGCGUGGACAAGUGGCUUUUUGCUCACUCGAGUUGUCCGCUUUGUCGCUCGCCCCUACAAGUUUGA